AUUGAAUUGACUAUAGCAGAAAAUAUCACCUUUGGAAAUGACAAUAUUGAAGAAAAAUGGAAUUUUUUCAGAAAUGUCAUAAUUGGAAAAGCAAAUGAAAUGAUUCCAAAAAAGAAAAAACUUAUAUCUGGGAAGUAUGAAGAAUCAAAAGCACUACAUAAUUACUUCAUCACAUAUAGAAAACUGAUAUCUAUAAGAAAGAUUCAUGAGUGGGGCAGACAGUGGUAUACUAACAGAAAACAAAAGAGCAUAUUGGAAGAAAAAAUAGUUAAAAAAAUAAAAAAUAUUAGGGAAGAGUAUAAUAUAGAAAUUGAAGUCCCAUCAUGA